GCAAUAUCACUCUCUAUUAUUUUAUUUCUAUAGAGUUCAUGUCACUUUGAGAGACGUGUAUUGGGCGAAAACAAAAAUAAUAAUUUAAAAUGCAUCGCUUACCGCAAAACUUUAAAUAUAUGAAGACAGCCUACCAUUCUUAUCGUUUUUAUGCAAAAGAAGUGAGAUUUGGGCCCGAUGUAAGGUCUUUGAUGUUGCAAGGAGUCGAUAUCUUAGCUGACGCCGUAGCUGUCACCAUGGGUCCUAAAGGACGGAAUGUUAUUUUAGAGCAGACAAUAGGACCGCCGAAAAUUACUAAAGAUGGUGUAACUGUUGCUAAAGGAAUAGAACUUAAAGACAAGUUCCAGAACGUCGGUGCUAAACUGGUACAAAAUGUUGCAAACAAAACCAAUGAAGAAGCUGGCGAUGGAACAACUACGGCUACAGUUUUAGCUAGAGCAAUUGCAAAGGAAGGAUUUGAGAACAUUUCUAAAGGAGCGAAUCCCAUUGAAAUAAGGAAAGGCGUUAUGAUGGCAGUUGAAACAGUUCAAGAGUCCCUUAAGAAAAUGUCCAAAGCCGUGAGUACCGCUGAAGAAAUAGAACAAGUAGCUACAAUAUCCGCUAAUGGAGAUAGGUCGGUUGGGAAAUUAAUCGCUGCGGCAAUGAAUAGAGUCGGGAAAACCGGCGUUAUAACUGUUAAGGAUGGCAAAACAUUGAAUGAUGAACUCGAAAUAAUAGAAGGCAUGAAAUUUGAUCGUGGUUAUGUUUCUCCAUACUUUAUUAACUCGACCAAAGGUCCAAAGGUUGAGUACAAUGAUGCUUUAGUUCUAUAUUCCGAAAAAAAGAUAUUUAAUGCCUCCCAAGUGGUGCCAGCUCUGGAAAUAGCAAACGCACAGAAGAAACCUCUAAUAAUAAUUGCCGAAGAUUUUGAUGGUGAACCGUUAUCAGUGUUAGUAGUAAAUAAAUUGAAAAUUGGACUACCCGUAGUUGCAGUUAAAGCUCCUGGGUUUGGUGAUCAUAGGAAGAAUUCGCUGAUGGAUAUGGCUGCUGCUACCGGAGGAGUAGUUUUUGAAGAUGACAAUAAUUUAGUAAGACUAGAAGAUUGCCAACCAGAAAGUCUUGGCCAUGUCGGCGAGGUCAUCAUUACGAAAGAUUCAACUUUAUUACUUAAAGGUAAAGGUGAUCAACGAGAAGUAGAACAACGAAUCGAUCAAAUUAAAGAGGAGUUAGAGGACGUCGACAGUAACUUCGAACGUGAAAGAUUAAUUGAACGAUUAGGAAGAUUGCAGUCAGGUGUAGCAGUGUUACUGAUUGGAGGAUGUAGUGAAGUAGAGGUCAACGAGAAAAAAGAUCGGGUGAAUGAUGCUCUAAACGCUACUCGAGCUGCUGUUGAAGAAGGUAUUGUUCCUGGAGGAGGAUCUGCCCUUCUUCGGUGUAUUCCUGCCUUAGAUGACCUGAAACCAGCGAAUAAUGAUCAAGCGAUUGGUGUUACUAUUGUUAAGAAAGCUCUACGGACACCUUGUAUUACAAUUGCUUCUAAUGCUGGAUUCGACGGCUCGGUAGUGGUUUCUAAAGUAGAAGAUAUGGGACCAGAAUUUGGUUACGACGCAUUAAAUAAUGAAUACGUUAAUAUGAUCGACAGAGGCAUCAUAGAUCCUACUAAAGUCGUACGAAGGGCUCUAACUGAUGCAAGUGGAGUAGCGUCACUACUUACUACGGCUGAAGCCGUAAUUUGUGACUUGCCAAGACCAAAAGACUCUACUCCCGAUUAUUCACACAUUCCAGCAGAUUUGUAGAAGUAGUUUGAGAUGGAGUAUUUAAUAUAAUGUUUACUUGAAUUAUAUUUUUACGUUGAUUGUGUAACAGAUAUAUUUAUAAAAUUGUGAACUUGUUAAUAACGUAAUUCGUUGUAUUUAGAAAUAAAACUUUGAAGUUGCA